AUGAGACGCUCUGCUGCUGUUGCCGUCUCUGCAGGCCUCCUCCUGCCCGCCGUCGCAGUGGCCUCGCAGCUCGUCCAGCGUGCCGAUAGCAAGGGCGGCGACCCCGUUGACGAUAGCAAGACCAAGGUUUGCUACCCGGCUGUGACGAGCGGCAUCAUUCCUCCCUGCGUCGAGAUUGCCACCGUCGAGGCUCUUUGUCAGCCCAACGGCACCGACACGAUCGACUAUCAGGCACACGCGCAGUGCAUGUGCAAAGGCAGCUUCUUUGCCGACUGGAAAGGUUGCCAGAACUGCCUCCGCGUCCACGGCCUGCGCAGUGAGCGCGACAACAACUACUGGAACGGCGUCCUCUCGGUCGCCUCCAACGCCCUCUGCUCCGGCACCCCCACCGCCGUCUUCCGCUCUCUGUUCGCCUCGGCCGAGGCCAACACGGAGGCGGCGCCGUUUGCCACGUCUGGUGACACCAAGAGCUCGGACCAGUUCCCCGGCAAGACUGACGUGAGUCUUUACUACACGGCGACGGGCCCGCAGGGUCCUGGCGCCAUUACUGGUGCUGCGGCCACGGCCACGAAGCAAGCAACGGCAACAGAGGGCGAGACCUCCGAUUCGGGAACGGGCAUCACGUCGGGCGCGUCUGUCACUAGAAGCGCGGGCGGCAACCGCACGGGUUUCACCUCACAGACCGGCGGCACCCAGACGGGGUCUGCCUCACCAAGCUCGUCGACUGCUGCUGCUCCCCGCGAGGGAGUUGCGUCUGGGAUGGCAAUGGCGGUGGCUGGGGCGGCACUGAUGAUGGCGUUUUGA